UCGGCCGCCGCCAUGGCCUUGUCGGAGGGGCAGCUCAAGAAAAUGCUCGGCAAGUACAAGUACAGAGAUUUAACUGUUCAAGAAACUGUCAGUGUUAUUACCCAGUACAAAGACCUUAAGCCUGUAAUGGAUGGAUAUGUUUUUAAUGAUGGCUCAUCAAGAGAAUUGAUGAGCCUUACGGGAACCAUUCCUGUGAUUUACAGAGGCAGCACAUACAAUAUCCCAAUUUGCCUGUGGUUGCUGGAUACAUACCCAUUCAAUCCUCCCAUCUGUUUUGUUAAACCCACUAGUUCAAUGACCAUUAAAACUGGGAAACAUGUUGAUGCAAACGGAAAGAUAUAUCUUCCAUAUCUACAUGAGUGGAAGCAUCCACAGUCUGAUUUGAUAGGACUGAUUCAAGUUAUGAUUGUGGUGUUUGGAGAGGAACCCCCUGUCUUUUCUCGACCUACGAUUUCAGCAUCCUACCCACCUUACCAGGCAACAGGACCACCAAACACUUCCUACAUGCCAGGUAUGCCAAGUGGAAUGUCUUACCCCCCAGGACCACCUCCCAACUCAAGUGGUUAUCCAAGCUAUCCCUAUCCUCCCCCUGGUGGACCAUUUCCAGCAACAACUAGCACACAGCACUACCCUUCCCAGCCUCCUGUCACUACUAUGGGUCCCAGCAGAGAUGGCACUAUUGGUGAAGACACUAUUCGAGCGUCCCUUAUUUCGGCUGUCAGUGAUAAGUUGAGAUGGCGAAUGAAAGAAGAAAUGGACCGUGCUCAGGCAGAACUUAAUGCCUUGAAGCGCACAGAAGAAGACCUGAAAAAGGGUCACCAAAAGCUUGAGGAGAUGGUAACUCGCCUUGACCAGGAAGUGAGUGAAGUUGACAAGAACAUUGAUCUUCUGAAAAAGAAAGACGAAGAGCUGAGUUCUGCCCUGGAAAAAAUGGAAAGCCAGUCAGAAAAUAAUGACAUAGAUGAAGUUAUUGUUCCUACAGCACCUCUUUAUAAGCAGAUCUUGAACUUGUAUGCCGAGGAAAAUGCCAUUGAAGACACCAUCUUUUACCUGGGUGAAGCAUUGAGACGUGGAGUUAUUGAUCUAGAUAUCUUUCUAAAGCAUGUUCGCCUCUUGUCUCGCAAGCAGUUUCAGCUGAGGGCACUUAUGCAGAAAGCAAGAAAGACUGCAGGACUCAGUGAUCUCUACUGACCUUCAUGGCUUGGGAAAAAGUGGCAUUCAGAAAGUGGUCAUAUUCUCAUUUACUUUACUUUUUAAUCAGUAGGUAGCCAGAAUAAGUUAUUACGUUAUUCAAUUGUAAGAUAUUUUGAAUGGAUAAUAUAUUUUCUUUUUCUUGGUAAGGACUAGCUUUUAUUAAUGCACUUUCUAUUCUCUGUAAACCUUUUGCAUUGGUGGUCUGAUGGCUGAAUAAAAGUUGUGUAACACUU